AUGGCAUCCAAACCAACCUCCGGCAACGGCGGCAUGGCCAGCGACACCAAAACUCCCGCCAACAGCGGCACGGGCGGCGGCAUCCUCGGCGACAAAGCCACCAGCGGCGGCGCAGCGGAGGCUGUUGGGGGUCAGGCAAACGCGUUUGACGCGCAGGGUGCUGUUGGGAAGCACUUUACUGCGGACGGAGCGAUUGGCGGCACAGCCGAAGCCAUCGGCGGACCGCUGAGCAAGGAUGGUGCGAUUGGAAAGCAGUUCACUACUGGUGGCGCGAUUGGUGGGACCGUACAGGAGAAGUUGGGCGGAAGCAAGUGA